CGGCCUGUGUCCGCUCCGCGCUCCGCCAUGUACCCGGCCUGGGGCUUGUACGGGGCGGCCGGGCACUACCCGCCGCCCCCCACCUCCAUCCCGCCCCCGCCGCUGCCCAUCCCUCCCCCCAGCGUGCCGCCUCCCGCCGUUCCGCCGAUGCCGCUUCCCAGCUACCCGCCGCCGGGGCCCGCGCCCCCCGCCGCCGCGCCGCCGCCCGCCGGUUCCUCGGGGUUCCUGAGCCUGCAGGAGCAGCACCUGGCCCAGCUGCAGCAGCUCCAGCAGAUGCACCAGAAGCAGCUGCAGUCCGUACUCUUGGGCCCCCCGCCGCCGCCGGGCCCGCCCCCGCCGGGGCUGCCGCCGCCGCCGCUGCCCGGCUCCUUCACCGACUGGCAGCAGCAGCCGCCGGUGCCGCCGGUGCCGCCGCCGGUCCGCAGCUACCAGAAGCAGUACGCCCACCGUGAGCCACCGCCCCGCAAGCCGCCCCCCGCGGCUCGGGACCGCGACGGGCAGGAGCCGCCCGGCGGGCACGGCGACUGGGGCGAGCCGGUGCCCGCCGAGUCGGUGCCCAUGGACAUGGAGCUGUCCUCGCCGCCGCAGUCCCCGCAGCCCGGCGCACAGCCCUACCUACCCCCCGCCCAGCCCUACCUGCCGCCGCCCCAGACCGAGCCUUACCUGCCCCCCGCCCAGCCGCCCCCAGCCCAGUCCCCGCCGCUCCAGCCCUACCUGCCCCGGGCGCAGCCCUCCCAGCCGCCCCCCUCCUUCUCCGAGCCCCCGCCCUCCUACCUGGAGCCCCCGCCGGUCACCGCCUCCCAGCCCUACCUGCCGCCUCCUGCCCAGGGCUACAUGGCACAUCCCCAGCCCUACCUGCUCUCCUCACAGAGCUCUCCUUCCCAGCCCGCGCAGCCCGCCCUGGCCCCCUCCAUCCCUCCCCCGGUCAAGCCGUCGCAGGCUCAUUUCCCGCCGCCCCAGACCUCCUUGCCCCCGCCUGCCGCUGCCCAGCCGGAGGCCGCGCAAGGUGCUGCCAAGGAGGGCGGUGGCACGGAGCAGCCGGACCCCUCCACCAUGACUCCCCAGGAACAGCAGCAGUACUGGUACCAGCAGCACCUGCUUAGCCUGCAGCAAAGGGCAAAAGCCCAUGCUCAGGGACAGCAGCAGAUGAAAAGUCCAGUAGUGAAGGAUGAGCAGAGAGCAAAGUCUGAAGAAGAGAAAAUGAGUGCUCCAACUCAACAGUCUGAACCUCCUCCUCUUAAUGAAUCCCUGCCUCCAGCAUCCAAAGAAGACGAGUCUUCUCUUACAUCCACUGAAACUCAGCUCAAUAUUGAACCUCCUGAUGACCCUGAAGAGGAUUUGAGAUUACAGCAAUUGCAAGCAGCAGCAGCUCAAUGGCAGCAGCACCCCCAUCAGCGGGUUGGGUUCCAGUAUCAGAGAAUAAUGCAGAAGCACGCUCAGCUGCAGCAGAUAGUACAGCAGUAUCAACAGAUCAUGCAACAGCCUCCACACUUAGAGACAAUGUCAGUGGAUAUGCAGCUGCGACAUUAUGAGGCACAGCAAAAACAGUUCCAGCAGCUUCAUAAAGAUUGGGAGCGCUCAAUGAACCAGCAGUGGCAGCAUCAGCUUCAAACCUACCCUCACAAAGACCAGCUUCAAGAGUAUGAGAAGCAGUGGAAAGCAUGGGAUGAACAGAUGAAGGUUACUCAGUCACAUCUGCAGGAAAAAGUGACCUCACUCCAAAAUCUGAAGAAUCAAUAUCCUGCAAAUGUUUCGCUGCCACCUCCAUUUAUUCCAUAUUCUCAAACUGGUCAAGGUGGCAUUCCUAUUAUGCCUCCAACUUUACCUUCAGCUACACCUCCACUGGUCCCCCCGCCUCUCUCUUCUGUUUCUCAGUUAUCCAAUUCCUCUGUCCCUUCAGGAUCCAGUUCUCAAAGCAGUCAAACUACUGAAACACCAAGGCCAGCUCUCCUUCCCACCCCUGGUACCUAUGCAUCAAAAAUAGCUAGUUCAACUAGCUAUUCACCUUACCAUUCUCAAGUAGGUUCAUCCUUUGGCUCAUCUGACCAUGGAAAGUCUCAAGGUCAUCUUAGUAAACAAACUGUAAAUAUUUCAUCUGAACAACAGUGUGGGGAACUGAAAAGCACUUCUGCAGUAUCUUCAACACACACACCUGUUGUGCAGGAUAAACCAGUGAGGUCAGGUGGAUUGCUUCCAGAUCCUCCCAGAUCAGCGCGUUUUGAAGGCCCUAGAGGCCCUAGAUUUGAUGGACCUCGAGGAAGAGGAUAUGACAAAUUUGAAGGCUCAAGACAGAGAGGACCUCGUUUUGACUCCCAGCGCUCAGAAGGAUACAGGUCACGAUUUGACCGACAGAAUACAGAUGGACAGUCUUCAAGUAGAUGGGGCUCUAUCCCCCGAGGACCAGCAGGACAAUUUUAUACAACAAAUACAUCACAUGGACACGGUUCCCGACCUAGUGGUCCACGGUGGAUGGGGCCCAGGCCUCAUUUGGGACAGCAGCAGCAGCAGCAGCAGACACAGAUAGACUCAGAGUCAGAAAGCAAAGAACCUUUUACAGACACAGCUGGUGAUCAGCAGUCUGUAAACAGAACUGAGUCUACUCCUGAUGCACAGAGUGCAGGUCCCAUUGAGCCAAAUGAGGAUCUGACAGACACUCAACAGGAACCAUCCAAACCUGAAGUCAAAGAACCUAGUUCAGACCCUCCUAAAAAGUGGACAUGGAGUUCACAUGAUCCCAACCAGCAAGUAGAAGAGUCCAAGGCACCCACCCCACCUAUUCAGAACCAGAAUACAGUAGCCCCUGCAACAGGAAAUCAGGAUUUGAAUUCACCAGAUGACCAGUUGACUGCUUCAGAUAGCACCCAGGGCCUACCUGGACUGGAAAGCAGAGGAAAAGGGCCAUUCAUGCAUGAAGAUAGAGGAAAGGGACCAGGAAGCAGAGGAAGGGGCCGUGGCAGAGGGCAGGGGGAUGGCCGCGGCUGGGGAAUGGGCCGUGGCAGGGGAAUGGGAAGGAUGGAUGGUGGCCGGGGAAUGGGAAGGAUGGACGGUGGGUGGGGAAUGGGCAGGAUGGAUGAUGGCCAUGGCCGGGGAAUGGGCAGGAUGGAUGAUGGCCGUGGUAGAGGAUAUGUAUACAGAGGCAGAGGGCAGGCUAGGCAGGCAUCCAUCCGUGGCAGGGGAGUGUUCAAUAGAGCAGGCAGCAGGGAGAGGAUGCCAGAUAGACGGUCAGGCAGCAGGGAGAGGAUGCCAGAUGGACAGUCAGGCAACCGAGAGAGGGGGCUGGGUGGACGGUCAGAUAGCCAUGAGAGGGUAUUCUCUAACCGAGACAGAGAGCCCCCUGGACGGGCAGGCAGCUGGGACAGGGGACGGGCAGGAAGCCGGGAGAGAGGCCCAGUCAGACGGGGCUGUAGCCGGGAAAGAGAGCCCAUGCGAGGGACAGGGAGCCGAGAGAGGGAGCCCAUGCGACGGGCAGGUAGCCGGGAGAGGGUCCCCGUCAGGCGGGCCGGUAGCCGGGAGAGGGUUCCCGUCAGGCGGGCAGGUAGCCGUGAGAGGGACCUGGUCAGGCGGGCGGGUAGCCGGGAGAGGUGUCCCAUCAGAAGAGGAGAUAGCCAUGAGAGGGAAGCAGGAAGAUCUGAAACAGGCAAUAUGGGUAAACCCAUUCACCUAGGAGAUGACCCUGACAAAUUGCCUCCAUACCAUCGAGAUGAAACAUUCAGAAGUUCUUGGGGUCAUGAAGAUGAUACAAUGCAGGAGGAAUUUCCUUUAGAUAGUCACGAUGACCCAUCUUUGGAGCAUGAGCAAUUGGACGAAUGGGAAAGAGAACAAUACUGGAGAGAUCACAAUUCUGAUUAUCAGGAUGAUUCUGUACAUGCAUAUGACAGAGAUGACAGGUUGCAAUCCCACCAUUCACUGCCUCCAUUGUCUCCCUUACCACCACUACCUCCUUUAUCAUCUGAUCAUGACAGGCGAGAUUCGUGGUGGGAUGACUGGAAAAGGCCAAGAGAAAGGGAACUAGAGAGAGAUCUAGAUAGAACUGGAAGAUCCUCUGAUAUUUAUGAUCAAGGUUUAGACAAAGAAUGGGAUAGAGACUGGGACAUGAGACCUAUGGAUGACAGAGAAAUGGGGAAUCGUGACCUGGAUAUCCCCCCUCUACCACCAUUACCAUCCCUUCCACCUCUGGACAGGUAUCGUGAAGAUAGGUGGAGGGAUGAUAGAAACAGAGAUCAUUAUGACAGAGAUCUCAGAGACAGGGGGGAACUUAGGAUUCGAGAAUAUCCGGAGAGAUAUGACACAUGGCGGGAGAAGCAAGACUACCUUCCUGAAAGGACUGACUGGGAGAGGGAACGGUUGUCGGAUAGGUGGUAUCCAGAUGAUGGAGAGAGACUGCGGUCUUUGGAUGACCACUCAGAUCCAUCCCUUCCUCCCCCCUCACAUUCGUCCGAUAUGCUGGGAGCAGAUUCAAACCUGGACUCCGACCAAUCCUUGGGAGGAGUGAUGGUCCUAAGCCAAAGACAGCAUGAGAUAAUUCUGAAGGCUGCCCAGGAGCUCAAAAUGCUUCGGGAGCAAAAAGAACAGCUACAGAAGUUGAAGGAGUUCAAACCUGACAUUUCCACCCAGGACUCUCCAAGAUUACAAAACACAAGCACAAGGCCAGGUGCCUUUCAGGUCUCUUCUCAGCUAUCUUCAGAGGCACCAGUAGAAGCCCAAGCUAUUAAACCUUCUCCUGCUGUUAUUAUAAAGCCUCCCGUGUUGUUCAGACAGCCCACCCCUGUGACAAGACCAAGUGCCCCACUGGCAAGGCCUACUACACCUAUGACAAGGCCACACGCUCCAGUUUCUACUCCAACUACAACCCCAAGUCAUGGUCAAUCUUUAAAACCAUCACCUUCUACUGUGGAACAGGAACGCUGGGAUGAGGACUCUUUCCAUGGACUGUGGGACACAAAUGAGGAUAAAGGUGCAAAUAUGGAGUACGAGUUGUGUAAGCAGGAGUCGAUGAUGCCUCCACCUGUCUCUUCGCCUGUGAAAGUACCUGCCGUCCACACCUCCAUUCCAUCAGCUGUACCAGUGUCCCUUUCUCCAGUUAUUCCUGCAGUUCCUAAGGCACCCAUCAUUCAGCAGACGGUGGAUUAUGGCCACGGGAGAGAUAUAACCACCAGUAAAGUGGAACAGAUUCCAUAUGGGGAGAGGGUAACCCUUCGUCCAGAACCUCUGCCAGACAGGCAAACAUUUCAAAAAGAGCAUCCAGGUCGCUACAACAGAGAAAGAGAUCGUGAGCCUUAUUUUGAGCGUCAAGGUAAUUCCAACACAGAUCAUCGGGAUUUCAAGAGAGAGCGGGAAUUGCACAGAGACCGAGGUUCUGUGGACUACGAACGAGAGAGAUUUGAAAAAGAGCGGCAUCCCCGAGAUGAUAGGGUUCUUCCUACUACACCUUCAAGAACUCAAUCUUACCGUGACAAGAAAGACCAUCCAUCCUCCAGGCGAGGUGGUUUUGAAAGACCACCAUAUGAACGAAAGACAGAUCGUCCAGCAUAUGAUCAUGGGCCUUCUAUGUUUGGAGAAAAUUCUUCUGUCCAAACACUGGAAUUUGAAGGUGAUCGUAGAAAUUACCCUGAGGAAAGGAUUCCUAUUUCUGCUCCAACAAUGCCUCGUCAGCCACCACCUGCUCCACGAGUAGAAAAGAAGCCAGAAUCUAAAAAUGUAGAUGAUAUUUUAAAGCCACCAGGACGGGAUAGCAGGCCAGAGAGGAUUGUGAUCAUCAUGAGAGGGUUACCUGGCAGUGGAAAGACACAUGUAGCAAAACUCAUCAGGGAUAAGGAAGUAGAAUGUGGAGGACCUGCACCAAGAGUGCUCAGCCUGGAUGACUACUUUAUUACUGAAGUGGAGAAAGAGGAGAGAGACCCAGAUACAGGGAAAAAAGUUAAAAAGAAGGUGAUGGAGUACGAAUACGAGGCUGAUAUGGAGGAGACCUAUCGUACCAGCAUGUUUAAAACUUUCAAAAAGACCUUGGAUGACGGCUUCUUUCCCUUCAUUAUCCUUGAUGCUAUCAAUGAUAGAGUGCGACAUUUUGAACAGUUUUGGAGUGCUGCAAAAACAAAGGGGUUUGAGGUCUACUUAGCUGAAAUGAGUGCAGAUAACCAGACAUGUUCCAAGAGGAAUAUUCAUGGGCGCAAGCUCAAGGAUAUCAGCAGGAUGUCUGAUCACUGGGAGGCAGCACCACGCCAUAUGAUGCGCCUGGAUAUUCGUUCUCUGUUGCAAGAUGCUGCUAUUGAAGAGGUGGAGAUGGAGGAUUUUGAUGCAAAUAUUGAAGACCAGAAAGAAGAAGUCAAGAAGGACACAGCAGAGGAAGAAGAAAGUGAACUGGGUUACAUUCCGAAAAGCAAAUGGGAGAUGGACACUUCUGAGGCAAAGCUAGACAAGCUGGACGGUUUGCGGACUGGCACUAAAAGAAAACGUGACUGGGAAGCAAUUGCCAGCAGAAUAGAAGAUUAUCUGCAGCUUCCAGAUGACUAUGAUACACGUGCUUCUGAACCUGGAAAGAAAAGGGUGCGAUGGGCAGAUCUAGAAGAAAAAAAAGAUGCUGACAGGAAAAGGGCCAUCGGUUUUGUUGUUGGACAAACUGACUGGGAGAAGAUAACAGAUGAAAGUGGUCAUCUUGCCGAGAGAGCCCUCAACCGCACCAAGUAUAUAUGAAAAAGUGGUUAAGUGGAUUUUUGUGCCUUUAAGGCCAAUUGCUCUGCAGAGAAGUGAACCAAGGUGUCAUGAGCAUCUUGCAUGGGUCAUGUCACUCCACCUUCACAGUUUUUGUUACUUUAGUUUCAGCAAUUUUCUUGAGAUACUGGCAGAUAACCAGUGCCCUCAAAAAAUUCAUUGAAUCCCACUACUCCUAAGUGAGAGAGAAAGUUUACUUUUUAAUAUUUUUGGAGGGGAGGGAGGGGGAGGGUCAGUAGUUUUAGCUGCUCUUUGUGGGAUAAAGUGGAAGGAUUAGACAGAUGUUACCUCCACUGUACCAUCACAGAAUGUUUAUCACCUUUGCUCUGUGGAUGUUCUCGUUUUAUACUGUAUGUACCUUGUAGCUUAUUGUAUUAGGAAGCAGAACAAUAAAUUUCACUAUAAACUCGGUGUUCUUGGUGGACCAUACAGUAUGGUUUUUGUUUGACAUUUUAAAUGUGGUCUGUGUUCACAUGUUAGUGCUCAGAACCAUCCUUACCUGGAAGACAUACUGUGCUCGUAUCUGGAACAUGUCCUGUCUAUAGAUUUUUCACCUGCUCUUCUUCUCAUAGAUAGAUCCAUCAAGGCCCCAGGUCUUGCUGACCUUUAGGAGUUCAUGUUCCUGGAAAGCAGGAAUAUCAUUAUGUUUGGGUUCUAGUUUCUCGGUUAUGUCAAAUUUUCCUUACUAUGUGAGUAUGAAUUCUGUUGGGUGGUUCUGUAAUGUUCAAGGUAGCAGUGUAUGAAAAACUUGUCUUUAAUGCUCAAUAUGAAAACAGGUACUACAGAGUUUUCUGAGGGGCAGCCUAGAAAAUUGAUUUUGGUCUUAAUAUGUCUUUUAGUCAACACUGAUCCCUAUCAGGGUAUUUAAUUCCAUUCAUAAGUCUAUUUAAUCAUAGAGAUACAUGAUCAAGAGUGACAAAGACCAUAAGUUAUACCCUUCUUUUCCUUUGAUAAGUAUGUUAAGCUUGAUUUUAAAAAAGACUUACUAAUAGUCCACACUAUUAAAAGUGGUACAGAUUCUUCAUAGAUACUUGGAUAUCACUUCUGCAGAGCAUUGGGUUUGCUGAUGAAAACUUUCUUUUGUCCUCACAGGUUUCAAAGCAAAUGCUUUGCAUUAACGAUGUUGUAACCAGGAAAGAGGUCUAAAUCUGAAAAUAACUGCUGUUUUAAUUAAUUUAAUUUUUCUCCUGAUCUUUCUGAGGAAAGAAAAUGAAAUCCUGAGUUUUCCUUCUCUGUUGAGUAUUACAUUGUGCUUUGCAUCUAGGUUGUUAAAUCAGCUUGUUCGGGUUUGGUGGUAGUUCAGGCUGUUAAAGGAGAGCAUGGCUGUAAUAGAUGGGUUUGUUUGCCAUUCUAAUGUUUUGGUUUAUUGGCUACUUCUCAGCCUUCUCUGUGGUGCAUGAUUAAAAGUUCUUCAGUAAACAAGGGGAAUAGCUGAACUGGUAUUAUGCCCUGAAUAUGUUUAAUACAAGAAAAUUGAGGUCCCUGAAUGCAGCAUUUUUAAAAUAGAAAGUAUUAAAUGCACAUUUUCUGUGUACACUUACUUUACAUAGCAUAUAUACUUCUCAAAAUGUUGCUCAGUAAGUAUUCUUUGGAUUGUGACAGAGAAUUGUUGACAAAGGGAAACUAAUAUUUAACAAGAAAUGAGUACUGUGUAUUGCUGUGGAAAUCAAGUGAGCUUUACUUUGGAGAAGUUACUCUCAGGUAUGUGUAAAAUGGGUUUCAGUCUAUACUCAGUUUUUCAUAACAAAACUGGACUUCUUGUGGCACACCACGAGUUGAUGCUGCUUCUUGAGUCUUAAGAACCGAUAGUGAUUUUGUCUAUAUUUUUGGUAAUACAACUGUACCAGAUCCUUUUCUAACUUUUUUUUUCAGACUAAAGAGUACUUCUGGAGCAUUCAAAUGGAUAGUGUCUGUCAGAAGGUAUAAUAUUGUUUGCUGGUUUUACAAUUUUUGAAAUUAUUUUAGCAGAUAAUACUGAGAGGUUAUGUCAUGCUGUUUGUUCUGUGGUGGAUGUAGAACUAAUGAAAAAUGAACAGCAAAUAUACAUAAAAUUAUGCUUUGAUGAGGACAGAAGAUAUCUCAAUCUUGAAGUUUAAAACAAAAUUCAGAAAAUAUACCAUUGUAGACUGUGGUCGGACUGUUUAACCAGAAAAAGCUGAAGGGCUUGAGUUUUGUUGUUUUACUGAAGUUCAGAAGUUUUCCCCUUCUUUAGUACAGAAAUAUCAAUAUAUCCAUAAUCUUUGCCAAUUGUUUCAGUUGGUUUGAAUGUUUAGCAGAUCACUCUUCAACUUCUUGAUGGGAAGUGGCUCCGAAAAGAAAUAACUUAUGCCAGAACUACAACCUAUAGCAGAUUCUACAUACUUCAGACAUUCAGUGACUGAAGAAAUCAAACAAAAAGGAAAAAUCCAUCAUUGCUGCUGGCAAAUCUGAGAACAGCUAGCUAGUCCCUUGCUUGGCUCCUAACCAGAGGUUGGUGAUUAGUGAUUUUGCUUUUGUAUGGGAAGUCUUUCAGUACAGAGUACCUUGUCUUGAUCCUGAUAUAGCUCUUACUCUUAUGCUCGCUGAAAUUGUCAGUAGAACUUUCCACAGCACUGAGCAGAACAAAUACCAACUUUCAUUGAUUACUAAAUAGGAAGAUAUGUAUCUAGCAUCUCAUGUAAUGAUCCAUCUUUGACCAUGCAUGCAAUUAUGCUAACUCUAAGUUGAGCUGUUUCUGUGCAUCACAUUGAAAAAUUCAGCUCUGAAAAAACAUCAGCUGCUACAGAAUGGAGUUGCUACCUUCUCAGCAAAUUUGACUGUUAAAACAGUAUUGUCUGUGAAUUAUAGUUUCUUAUGGCGCUUCAGUUUUUUUCAAAUCAGUUUCCUUUUUUUAUAUAGAAGCGGUCUGUCUCAUGAAAGAAGUACAUGUGGUUUUUGCAAGGGGAUGUGCAACAUGCUGUGCUAUGUGAAUAGAGCACACUUGUCAUCUUCAGUCACCUUGUGUUUUAGUGUAGGAUUGCUCAUUAAGUGUGAAGGUCUGACUAUGGUAAGAAAGAGUGAAAUAAUAGCUGAGAAUAUUAGGUCAGUUCUAGAAAUUUGUUUUUCUGUUUCCUUGAAUGUUUACAUCAACAAAGAUAAAUAACUUACCCUGCAUUAUUAGUUCCCAGUCUUUAGAAGGGAAAAAUUGGUAUUGGUACAACUUAGUUUUACUUUUCACACAUCAAGCUGGGUUUGGCAUUUUUUAGACUUUGCUUCAGUCAUCUUUGUUAACCCUGUCCAUUAGUUUUUCAUUGCCUGUCUGUCAAUACACAGAAUACAUCACUGCUUUUAUCUUUAUAAGGCAUUGUUUUAACUAUUUUCAAAAGCCUUUUACUCUCUGAGCAACUAUUUAGGCAACUAUAGAGAUACUGAGAGGAUUUCAGUAGAAUCUUUUCGGAAAGGAUUGAACUGGAAAAGUAGAGUUGUGACAUUACACCGAAACAUAUAUUAACCUAUCCCCAAAACACCCACAUCUAAUGCAGUUGAAUGGUUAAAAAUUAUCAUAGAACUGUAAAUUGCAAGUCACUGUCAACUUGCAAGAAUCCAAGUUGCAUUCUUUUGCAGGAAUCAUACUUCUACAUACUGCAGAAUAGUCUGUAGGUAGUGUGCUUUUAAAAAGAAGAACAUGACCUCACCAACCAAAAUCAGUUUUUCGCAAUUUGAGAUUUCAACAUCAUCAGAACACUAUGAGAAUCCUUUUGAAAACGAAUCAAGUAAUUCUGCCUGUGGGACACCUUGCUGUCAUCUAAACAAAUUUAUUGUUACCAGAAGAAAAAAAACUUUGUUCCUUUCUAUAAAUGCAGCUGUCAUGGUGAAUCAUUUUUUGUGCCCUUAGGACACAGUUUCCCUUAGCAGACUAUGCCAUCUUAUUAUUCAUGUUGCUGCCACCCACACAGUACUGAACAGACCUUGGGAUUUGAAGAAACAUGGUUGAGCUGGGUUUGGAAGCAAGAUGUGCUUUUUUGCUAUGAAGUUCAUGCUGUCUCUGGCAGCAUGGAGCUAGGUAACUGUGAGCUGACUGAACUGAAGGCCUGGAACUUUCCUGGGAGUACUGUAAUUCAGCAUUCAAGGACUGGAAAGGAGAAGCAGUACAGCGUUUUCUGUGCUCAUGGAAUGUUCACAUGGCAUGCAUCCUCAGGAAGCUAAAUAAUGAUGGAUACAUAGUUCCUUUCUGUUAUGUCUCUUUUUAAUGUUUAAUGUUUCCCAGAUUACCUCUGGAAAACGAGUUCUAAAUUCUGAACUUGGGUCCACUGACAAUUUAGGAUCAAACUGCAGCAGGACAGCUUGCAUACUAUGAAGUAAAAUAUUUGAGGAGCAGAGGUGGCCAUCUCAGUUGAGAUCUGUACACUUGGAGCAUCAGCUGUUCUUAAACUGUGGUUAAACUUAGUUUUCUUGUCAUAGUAGAAAUGAGAAGAGAAAGAACGAAAGUUUCGUAGAAUUUAAAAUAUGAAUGGCAUUUUUCUGGUUUUGAGUCUCUAGAGCAAUCAUCUUUAUUCUCUCAUAAAACUUGAAUCAAAGUUGUUUUCUCUGCUGCUCAUCUAUUUCUACACGAGCGAGUCAGAAUCCUUCAGCCAACUAAAGGACUGUUUACUCCAAGGAGCACUUAUAAUUUCUGCUCAAGAUUAAUCACUUACUUAUUUAUGGUGGAACUGUUUUGUCUUAUUCUUACCUGUGGAGUGUUCCAGCAAUUGUGAUUUCUCUUCCAAAUUAGCAUGGUACUGAAUCUGCAGCCUGGAGCCUUAAGUCUUCCUCAUGCAUGUAGAUUGGAAAAUGAAUAACAACAAUAUUCCAUUAAGGUGAAUUAUCACCUUCUAGCUUAUUAAUGCUCUUUGGAAGAAGAAUGUAUUUUUAUUCAUGGUUUUGCUUAAAUCAGGUAAGCUGAAGUACUGUUACCAAAAAAAGGCACAGCAAGUUACUGCAAAUGAAGAGGCAAAAGUGUUUUGAAGUUGCUUGUAUUUUAUAUUCUGUUUUAGGUUUCUUAAACAGUAGGCUCUAGUCUCUUUGAAUUGUAGGAUUUAGUAUUUCAAUAUGCAAAACCAAAGAUGUGAAGUUGUCUUGGUGGAAAUGUCACAGUUUCAUUUUUUCCUAAGAUUUCUCUACCUCAUUGAACUUUCAGAUUGAAUCAUUUUGGGAGGGGAGACCUCUCCCUAUGGCUUGUGCUCUGGAGUGUCUGUCAGUCAAGUGUUUCUCCAUACUGUUUCCCUUGUACAUUUGUACAGAGACAACUUUUAUUUCCAUAACUGGUCAAGAUACACCUGUAUGGAUGGAUGUUCAGCUUUACACGAGGAAUUCUAAUGCUAUGCUUUAGGAGGGCAUCUGAACUGUCUGCUGGGACCAGUAUAUUCCUAUAUGAAGUUACUUUUUGAACAGUUAGUACUCUUAGGAAUACGUGAAGACUGCAAGGAUGUCAUCACCAAUUCCUGUGAUGUUGCUGUCUUUGGAGGGAAAUUAUAACUGCAGUGGUCCUUGGAGGGAAAAAACCAAACCCAAAGAAGGAAAAGGAGUUCAGGUACUUUUACUCUAAUUAUCAGAGCUGGAAUCUGUCUUGUGUGGACAGAAUGUUCAAGCAGCUCUGCUGUCUGAGAUGUCUGAUACAGCUACUGGCUCCAUAUAUGUUUAUGGAGGAGAAUCUUAAAUUAAUCCCUGCAAUUUUUAGCCUGCAGGUCAAGAGUAUAGUUGAGCAAGCUGAUUUAGAGAGCGGUUUGUCUUGAAGAAGCUUUUUAAGGGUUACAUAUAAACUGAAACAUCACCAAAGGGAAAAAAAAAAGUAUUUCAAAUCUAAAAUGUUUUCUGUUUCAGUCUUGUAGGAUGUUAAUUCUCUGGGAUUAGCACAGGAAAGGAACAGAGCUGCAAGUCUUCCUGGCAUCAGAGUGUAAAUAGCCUUUAACUGCAGAAAAUCUAAAUAUUUGUAUUGAAAAUUACUUUAGUGGUGACAUAUGCUGUAUGUGGAUGACAAGAUAUCUUAAACAGUAGUUUGUUGGAUUUUUUUCUGUUCUGGUAAGUUUGAUGCAAAUAGUAAAAGUUUUAUUUGACUGCUACUACUGACCCAGGAACAAGCCUUUGUAUAUAUGUGGCUUCUGUUUUUUAGAAAAGACCGUAUUAUGUUGGAAGGACAGAAAACCUUGCUGACAAACACCUAUAUUGUUUCAAUGUAUGCAUCUGUGGAUGCUCAAAAUUCUUGUGCAAGCCAUGAGCCUUUAUUGCUCUGCUUUGAGGUGGUUGUUUUUCCAGUCCGAUUUCCACUGAACUACAGUUGCCAAAUUCUUUUCUUUGAAGCCGUGGACAAAUCAACUAGUCUGGUACCAGAUCUGAUUGUACUCCUCAAUUAGUCACACAGAAAUCAAGAUUUUUCAGGUAAUGACAACCAGAUGGCACUAAAGUAUUGAAUUCAUGUUAGAAUUAAACUGGGGGGGAAAAAUGUGAUAUUGAUUACACAAUAAUUUGAUUUUUGUGGUUUCAUAUUGCCUGAUACAGUUAUAAACCAGUAACUUCUACUUCACAAAGGAGAGUGGCCACUUUUCUGUGAAUAAAAAAAAAUCAGUGAUUAGCAUUGUGCUGUUGUGUGGAAUAUCACUUACAGGUCACAGUCAAGAUUUUGUGCUCCAUUGAACCUGCAGGCUAUAUAAACAUGAAACAAGAUCUUUCUUCUGCUUUAAUGAGAGGCAUCAAAAGUAAAUGGUCAUAUAUAUCCUCCUAAAACCUUGACAGCUGCUGACUUCUAAUGGGAAAUGGGAUUUAACUUGCUUGUAGCUGCUUUUGGAGUGUAAAGUCUUUAAGUAUAUUGUAGUAAGAAAUAAUGCUUUCGAAGCAUUCCAGGGUUUCUUAUUGCAUCUUUUGUGGGUUUUGGUUUUUGGUGUUUUUUUUUUCUUCUUGGAGUGAAGAAAAAUAAGGAGAAAUAUCAAAGCCAAAACACUAAGGAUACUUCUUACAGAAGAGCUCUGGCUAAGAAGGCUCAGAACUUUAGCUGAAUCCAGAGGCACUACUGAGAUCUGUCAUAAUGGAACAAACUUGCAGCUCUAAUGCAAACUGUUCAAAUAGGUUUCAACAAUGUGCAAUGAUUGCUGCACAGUUUGCAGGACAUGCUUCAUAGUUAGGGAGGAACAUGAAUAUUCUUUUCCACAAAGUUUGCAAUCUGCAUGUUCCUUUAUUAAGAAUAUAACUAUUUGUAUCUCCUUUCCCUUCUCUCAGUAGCCAGAGAAAGUCUGCUGUAAGGCUGAAGGGAUGGCCCUGAAGUUAACUUGGGUAUAAACGUCCUCAUUCUUACUCCAAAGCCUAUCUGUUGCAGUCUCAUUGCAGUCUAUAUGGUUCAGACAGAGCUUUGAGAAGAAUAUUCAGGUGCCUUUUAAGCAAUUCUUUUGCUAAUCUUUUGGAAGAGACACUAAAUUGGUGAGUAUGCUGUAUUGCUAGCAGUGUGCUAACAGUGCAUGCCGGUUAUAUUCUAUUUGAAGGCAGACUUGGAACAAAAUAAAAAUCUAACUCAAAAGCUAGAUUUACCUCAGUGAAACCAGAAAUGACUGUUUGACUUCAGUUCAAUUUUGGGGAACUGUUGAGACCUGUGACCUUCAAUGAUAAAUAUUUCUUCAUCACCUUCCUUAUCAGUUAUAUCCAGUGCUGGUUUGUAGAAGGUUGUCUGAGUCCUACAGACUUCCAUCCUUCUCUUGUUCCUUGGCUAGGCUUAGCAAUGUGCUAUGUUGAAGGAAAGGACUUUCUACAAGUUAAAACUGGCACAAUUUAUGUUUUGCUUAUGCAAAAAUGCUGACCAUAAAAUGUCAUAUUGCACUUUGCUUGGAUAGUUUUUGCAUUAUACAUAUAAGCAAUUUCAUUUGAAAAGCUACAGUUGUUCAGAGAAUUUCUCUCUCAAAGGCUAUUCUUCACCACAUCCUCUGAUGCAGCAGCAGCCAUUGCAGAGUUUUGGAGACAAGUUCCUCAGCAGUGCCUGUUACUGCUGAACAGUCUCAUACGGAUUGUCUUUCUCAAGGAACAUUGCAACAUUUCUCUCUUCAUUCAGACAUUCCUUCUUAGCAUAUUAAGUUUUUGGUGUUAAGUUCUGUGAACAGAAAUGUAGGUGCUGGUUUUGUGCAUGGGCAUUUGUUGUUUAUCAUUCCUAGUGAAACAAAACUUCAUAUACCCACUACUUACAAGUCUGCAUGAGGUCCAGGGUUAGUAAUGAAAUUACUACAUUCUUGCAGGAGUGUAAUACAUUGUUUUUUCUUUUUCUGGACUGUUGUGACAUUUCCUUUCGUCUUAACUUGUCCUUGGCUAUAUGCAUCAAGACGAGGGACAUCUUUUUUCAACAGUGGAAGCUACUUGCUAGCCUUGAGAUACAGGAGAGACAAAUACAGAAUUUCUGUCUUGUGGUAAUUAAUUUACUUGGGCAUAAUUUUUUUAAUGCAUUUUCUAGCACAGGUCAUGAACAAAUGUAUAAUGUACCUCAUGUGUAUAUUAUAUAAAACAGAAAUGUGUGAUGAUGAAAUUUGUUUCCUUUACAUUCAGUUCUCCAGCUGGAUUAGUCCUAUCCAGCAGAGAUUUAAGACCUGUACGUGGCCUUCAGAGCCUUCUGCACUGCUAUUUUCAAGUUUCAGACUUUGCUGUAAUUUGUUUUUUUCUCACUGUUAGCGUCAAGUUGCAUAUACCUGGCAAAUAGAGUUCAGUGUAGCUGAAUGUGCACAUGGAGUCUAUAUGUAGUAGAGCCAUUACUAACUUUCUGCAGUAUGUAGGUGCUUUUUUAUUACUAGUUUCACUGUUCCAAACCUUUGAUACACAAACAAUAAUGGAAAUAAUGAGUUUAAAAUCAUUAUUAAAAUAUUUUACAAAUAUGCAUAUGGUUGGCAUGUUCCCCUGGCAAAUAGAGUAUAAUUGGCACCAAAAUCAAGACUGGGCAAUAUUCUAAGGAAUUUUGGAAAGUGUAGAACGAUAGGAAUGCAUUGUGAAAAAAUAAGAAUUGGAGGUCGGCAUUAAGUGUCAGAUUCCUCUUUUUUUUUUCCUUUUUUUUUUUUUUUUUUCUGAGUUUCAAACUAUGAUAAUAGAAGAAGGUUUGGAAAAUACGAUAAUAUUAAAAUACCACUUUUGCAAUUAGGUACCGCAUUUUUUUGACUUACACUGUUACCAACUGAUUUUUUUUUGUUUGGCUUUGUUUUUUGCUGAUGUAAUUGUCACAGAAUUUAGUUUAUUUUAAGAGCAGUUUUGCUUUUGGAAGCAGCAGCCUAUUGCUGGCAGUCCCUGACAUGUUGCCCUUGAACCCUAUGCACGCAGGGAUUCCGUCCUGAGCCCAGGAUGCGUCUGAGCCAAGCUCUGAGUGGUUAAUGUGGAGCAGAUAAGUCCUUAUACCUGAGCAGGAAUGGCAUAAAGAUGCAUGCCUUCAGGGAUGCUUCUCAGAAAUUGAUUUUUAUCUAGGGGUUUAUACUAAUGAGUCUGUCCUCUUCCAUUUUGCAUUUGGGGGAAUGCUACAUCUUCGUGCGGGAUAGAGGAUGAAUGUCUUGUAAUUUGGAGCUGUGUAUGGUGUGGAUUCAUGUGCUGAGGCACGCCAAAUGUCUGAGGCCAUACUACGCUCAUAUAUAUUGGUAACAUAACUCUGUGCUCAGUCUUAUCAGUGCAGAAAUGAGUUGUCAUGGCAGGACACUUUCCCAGUGCUACAGUUGUGUUUAAAUGUGUUAUGGGGAAAAACAUAAAGACAUUGGAGAGGCAUCUGCAGGAAAUCUUCCUCCCUGUUAAUUUUCAAUGCUCCUUUAUUUUUACCAGGAUUUAGAGCUAUCAUGUGUAGAUCUUUCCCAUGUAGGUCUGGAUUUUUUGGAAUGCCAUAUUUACCUUGUCAUUACACCAUUACUUCUACAGAUUUCUGUUUUACACCUGCAUGGUAUCUGAAUUACAUCUACAGUACUUCCGUUUCUCUAUCCUCUCUACCUCCCUCUCCCCCAGAUUUCUUAACUAUUAUUUUGUAUAUCUGAGAAUCCUUUCUCACUUUAGCUUCCAGUGUGCUAGAGAUGUUGUGGUUUUAGUAUGGACAUGUAAUUCUAUGGUCUAUUUCCAGUGGAAAAAGUCACUGAAUGCUUGCAAACAUAUGACCAUUCAAUAGUAGAUUGAAUAAAGACAAUUGAACUGGCACAAAAGGCUUAUAGGAGCAGCUUUGUGACAUGAUGAACUGAGUUUUGUGAACUGCUGAAGCAGCAAGAUCCUUGGAUCAUGACUGUCUCAGGGAUGAUGCAAGGCACACUAAACUGCCCUGAAAAGGCCUUUGGGGCACUACACACUGCUUUCAGGUGAUGUCAGUGCAGUGCUCCCGAGGAACACCUCCCACACUGGUUCCAGCAUUGUUUACAAUAAGAAGCUGGUGUGCAAAGGACUGCUACUGCCACUAUUUGCCAGCGAACAGCCUCUGCAGAAAAAACAGUUGGAUGGCCCUGAGGUUGAUGGUUGGCUGUGGCUGACAUAACAGGCCACACAGUAAUAUUAAGAGAGGUAAGAUAUUGUGGUGGUAACUGUGAGCCUACUGAUUGACUGAGGCCUUCAUACUCAUUAUUUGUCAAGUUAGAGUAUUCCCAGAUAAAUGUUGGCCUAUGAUUCAUGAGACAGUGAAGAGCUAAAGGUGUUUUUCAUUGCCAAUAAAUUUGGAGGCAACUUGUAACAGAUGGUGGUGUGGUGUUUGCAGUAUAUCAAUACCACUAAGUUACCAGGGAGUGAGAUAGUCAUUGGUGUUGCUGAGGGUGUAAAGGAAAGGGAUUGCUUUUUUUUUUUUUGCUUGAAAUGCCCAAAGCAGGUUUAUAGAAGCAGCCUUACACAGCUCAGGAGAAAGCCAGUUCUGUAGUUUGUCUUAACUACCCAAGAGUUCACACAGCCACAAUUUGUUCUGCGCCGAACACGUGCUCUGUGCUGCUGCAAUCUUCUCCACUGUAGCUUGUCAAGAAACACCGGUCCAAAGAUAAUUCCUCCUAGCAUGAGGUGACCCCUUCUAAAAAAUGACAAGCAGUCAUCUUUAUGAGGAAGCCCAGGAUCUGCAAGGAUUUUGUUUUCCUGGUCAUUAUGACUAUUCAAAUGCAGAAAAUGUUGCUGGCAGCAUCCGGUUACAUGGCAGUUUGGAAGGUGCUUACACAAGCAAAUCAUACCGUGUUCAUGGACGUGUCUCCAGUUACGUGCUGACAUAUGGGUGAGUAUAGUAUUGUCAUUUCUGUACCUUUCAAUAAAUAAUCAAAGCUCCGUGAAGUUUUUGAAGCAGAACGUUUCUCACCAGAUCACACAGUCCCACCUUGGCCUGGCCUGUUACAAGUUCGUUACAGCUAAGAACCUGUGCCAUGGAUGUUUUCACUGACAAGACCAUUACCGAGAUGAUGUUUCUUACUUCCUGAUGCUUCUAGUUCCUGUAAAAAUUGCCCUGGUCUCCUGGAUAACAUUGCUUAUUAAAAGUUCAGUCAGAAAUGGAGUUGAUUGCUUUGAAGCUCAGGGGUUAGAUAGCUGCAGAAUAAGUGGUUUGUUUGAAGUCAUAGGGCAGUGAAGCUCUGACAGCAGCAGUGACUUCGGGUGCUGCACUGGAGCUUGUGCUUUCCCAAGAGGUUAUUUGAAGAGCACUGCCAAGUAAAAAUACCUGGUGCUCUGUGGUCAGAAGGAAAUGCCAUUGUAUGGGCACAGCCUUCCUCGCAAGAAACAACAAACUGAAAAAUCUGUGGGCUCACAGCUGCAGCCUGGGAUAUUGGGAAACAUGAACAGAUGACAGUACUGCUUUAUAAUGAUUGUGCAAGAGGGGCAAGCACUCUGGGUUUUAAAAACAACAUUUUACAACAUUACCUAUUUGUAACUGUAGAUACUCUUCCAAAUGAGUUUUAUCUAAACCAGCCUUUGUAAUUGUUUUGAUUUCAACACAGGUUGCAUUGCCAAUCAUAGGGACUCAUACAUGCAGAGAUGUAUAGGGCUGGCCUCACUUAUCCCUUGAGCAUGAAUUCUUGGUGGCUUUUAUUGUUCUCCUUAUGGUUACUUUUUCUUUAAAACCUGGAAACUAGACAUGAAAAAUAAUUACUUAAGCUGUUGUAUAUUCUGUGUUUGCUCUAUGAGAACCAAAUGACGAGAGGUUUUCUAUUGAAAUGUAUAGAUAUAUGUUUAUAUGUGUACAUGUUAGGUAUUUCACUUAUUUUUUUUAAAUGAUACAAAGUAUUUUUUAUAAUUUUGUGUAAAGCAAUGGAUGUCACAAAUGUGCUUUGGGAAAUCUAGUAAAAUAUCUUCCUUGAA